AUGCGCAAUCGGGGAUUAUUGGUACUUGUGAUACUUUUGGAAUUCUCAAUCCUGGGACAUGCCAUGUUAUUUGGCGGUGUUAGCAGCUGCUGCUGUCAAUGUGGCAUACCAAUGCCAUUAACUUGCGGGUGCCCUCCACCUCAACCACUGCCGAUUUGUCCUCCACCACUUCUUUGUCCACCACCAAUAUGCCCUAUCUGUGAAAUAUGUUCCGGGCCACCAUCUUGUCCAUCACCACCUGCUGCUUUAUGCCCUCCGCCUCAACCUAUUUACUUGCCUUCAUCCAGUUGUAGUUGUGGCGCUACAAAUACUGGUGUAGGCAGCUAUGCUUCUCCUAAAGGAAAAUACUUCGGGCCACAACAGGGCGGUAUUGUACGGAAGGAUAGGCAAAUUGCUGGACUAGCAGUUUCACGCGGUGGUUCACCGCCAUCCAUACAUCCGAAUCAUUUGCAAGGAUCAGAGAGGGCAGAUUUGGGCACCCAGCAAUUAUUGCCUUCUAUUCGAAAUGAAGCUGGGAAAUCAGCCGAUCCAACGGACCUGGAUAUCACUAAUCAAAUAGCGCCAUUAUCAUCAACAGCAAUAUCAGUAACGGAGCGAAGACCUCAUGGAGACGUUAUAAUUUCCGAAAAUAAAUGUAACAGUGUAGUGUUGAAAGAUUUGCUUAUAAAGAAUAUCGAUCAGACUGAUCCGGUGAUAUCGAAGCGAUCGGUACAUAAAGCAGCUCGAGAAAGUAUGAAGGAAGACGAGGUGGAUAUUAUUUGCUCGAAUGCUGGCUUUACUUAUAUUAUCAGUACCACCGAAUACUGUGAAGCACAAAAAGAAAAAGUUAUUUGUUUCGUGUACAAAAAGUCAUAA